AUGAGUGCGACUUACAAUAUAUGGAGCAGUGUUACUGUAAGUUUUGACAGUGAAAUUGCAGCAAUCGAACGCUCCGAUUCCAGGGCUCUGUGGGUUAAAACUGCGCUCACAAGAACAGCUCUAAAUUUGACCCUUCCCGGCACCAGUCUAAAGAAAGCCAUCCCACGGUUGUCACGAGUGCUUGGCGGGCGGCACCCGUUCACCAUGGAGGUGGAAGUAGCGGCGGCAGUAGGAGGCUCGGGGCAAUGGGAAGCGACAGAGGAAGAGGACUUGGCGGCUGUUUCUUCCCACAGUCCCAUUGACAGCGGCUGCGUGUCCCAAAGUCAUAGUGCCUACAGCGGAGCAUUCGCCGGUCUCCUCAGUGAGGAACAGCCUGAUUUAGACCAACUCAUAAAAAGCACAUCCGCCAAGUUUUCUAGCUAUCUCCUCCCAGAGCACAGCGGAAGCGCAGAGAUUCAAGCUUUGGACAAAAGCUUGGAAGAUCUGCUGAUCAGAGUUGAUGAGUUUGUAGGGAUGUUGGAUAUGAUUCGGAAUGAUACAUCGCAAGUAGUUAAUGAAAAAAUACCUCAAAUUCAUACAAAAGCUGCUGAAAUGAGACAAUUGUAUCAGAAAAUUGACAUGCUAGAGGCUUUUGUAAAGAUGGUGGGAAGCAAUGUUGCUUCAAUGGAAGAGCACAUCGCACAAGGAGAAACUAGUGUUGGGUCAUUUUCUAAUCCUUUCAAGAAAAUGUUCCAAAAUAUCAGUUCAGCUUCAUUCUUUUCACCUCCAAAUAAACAAACACCUGCAAGAUCACAACCAUCAAGAUACGAACCACCAAGUGUAUUUAAGACUGAUGACUUUUUUACCAGCGGCAGCUGAUACAGUCUCCAUAACUAAUAAGUAGGUGGCAUAUGAAGCAGAUCCAAGCUGUUGGAGCAAUGCUGCACGUUCGCGUCUUCCAGCUUCAUAUCAUGAAGCAUUUGUCCUAGUAAUUCAAAAAGCAAAUUUUUUGAAACUUUUAUUAUUAAUUUGUAUUACUGUAAUAUAGAUAUUUUCAUGCAGUGUUGCAAAUUCUAUGCAAAAUGUAUUUUUCUUUUAACAACAAGUAAAAUGCCUUCUACCUGUGCUAAAAAAAACUAUGGACAUCAUUUGGCUGCAAUGGAUUAAAAAAUGACGAUUGCUAGUAAAGGUCUAACUUUCUGUUACUGCCAAUGGAAACUAAGUAACAGGGUUUUAUUUGCUGUUACAUGUAGUGAUGAAUGGAACACAUCAUGUGCCUUUGUCCUGAUAGUCUUCAGUUUUGUAUUUGCAAAAUAUUGACUUCAUUGGUGAUAUUCCUGGAGGCUUUUCAGUGACUUCAGUUUUUGGGUGGUGAAGUACUCAGUGGUGUAACUUUUUUUUAUUCCAGUAAGGGUAUUCUCUUUAACAACUAAGCUGUGCAUUCUGUGACCUGUCCAUGAGAUGACUGCCUUAGACUCUAUCCAUUAGUCUCAUUACUAAUGAUGUCUACAUUUCUGGAGUCUCAUGGGGAUGGACGGCUUUAAGAUGUGCUCUGAAAUUGCUUUUGCUGCAUCACCCUUGCAGUGAUAAAAAAAGAAAUAGUUAACCAGAGAGCACUUCCCCAGGCCAAGACUGCAUCCAUUGAGAAGCCUUCAGGAACUUUACCAAUGAAGAGAGAUGUUGACGUGUCAAUGAGAAAACGUUGGAGGACAUUCUAUACAAAUAGCAACAUAGAAAGGAGACGAGCACAAGAAGCCAUCUAUUUAGACAUGAAGAACAGAAGCAAUACAAAUGAUUCUUUACAGUAAGGGCAAUGAGGCUUAAGAAUGCCCUGGCAGAUGAUAUAGUGAAGGCUUCCAUUAUUACCUCAAAUGAAAUCUUGGACAAGCACAAUAGGGCUAUAGCAAUGUACAGGUCUACGGUUCAUUUUGUAUACGUACAGUAAUAUAAAUACGUAAGUAACCCCCUGUAAAGUCUUUUCUUUUUUUAACAUAUGUGGACAUAUCAAUAUUUGAUCUUCUUUCACGUACUACAUAGUAUGUAGUGCAGCCUCUCUCUAAUGGUAGACCCAUGCACUUUAACAUCAGUAGUAGUAAGAGCUACUUAUAGGUCUUGUGAUGAAAUUCUGGGGCUGAAUCUGCUGGGAUAGCAUGGGCAAGUUGGCAGUCGUUUCAAAUCUUCUCCACUUGUAGAUGAUAUCCUGGACAGUAGAAUGAGUCUCUUCCCAGACUCAUAGGCAUCUAUAACCUUCUUUCCUAAAGGCUCUUUCACUCUAGGCAUGGUGAUACCAACAACAAAGAGAAAACCAACGUCAAUAUGUCUAAGAUAUUAUACAGGUUGCCCCAAAAUCCUAUCUAAACUGAUGUUUUAAUAAUUUGUAUGUUAUCUGAUGCUUCUGAUUCUUAUUUUAGAUAUUUGAGCUAGUGAUAAAUCUACUGUUCUUACUGUUUUCACGCGUGAAAUAUGCAAAUACAUGAUAUUUGUUACGUCUCCAUUAUUACUAUUGUUGAAAAGAAGAUUAAACCAAGCCUUGAUAAUUGGUCCAGAGAGGCCUGAAACAUUGUCCUUGAUGCAGAUGUAAAUAGGCUAAAUAAAUCAUCUUUUACACAGCUCAAAAUUAUUGGUGUGCUUCUGGAUUUUCCUCUAUUGAUAUAUUGACCCUGUUGCAAGAGAAGGGUGUUCUGGUAAAGAACCCAACACGUGCACGAGUGUAAGCUUUACUGUAGGUUGCACUCUCCAUCGAGACUGAAACGUUACUAUUUUGCAAUAAAAACGCAGGGCCUGGCCCGCUUGCAUUGA